UUGCUGCCCUGCACUCAGCCGGGAGCAGAGCAGACCGCGCCAGUCGGAGCCCAGCUACGCGCGUGCCCAACCGUGAGGCCAGGUACCGCUGCGGGCGUCGACCCACCAAUCCAGGGGCACCGGGGGUGCUGAGUCCUCUGUGCACCCUCCGGUCCAUAGCCGAGCUCUGAGCAGCUCCUCCUCCCGCCGUAACCCCAGCAGGAGCCCCAGCCUCCGACUUCUGUGUUGGUGUGAGAGCAGUGCUCCUGGUGGUGCUCCCUGAGCCAUGGAAGCACCUUUGCAGACAGAGAUGGUGGAGCUGGUGCCCAACGGCAAACACUCAGAGGGGCUACUCCCAGCCGUCACCCCCACGGCAGGCAACCAGAGGGUUGAGGACUCCGGACAGAGCUGUGGUGAGGGCAAGGGCUUCCUCCAGAAAAGCCCCAGCAAAGAGCCUCACUUCACUGACUUUGAAGGGAAGACAUCGUUCGGGAUGUCAGUGUUCAACCUCAGCAAUGCCAUCAUGGGCAGCGGCAUCCUGGGGCUCGCCUAUGCCAUGGCCAACACAGGCAUCAUCCUCUUCCUGUUCUUGCUGACAGCUGUCGCUCUGGUCUCCAGCUACUCCAUCCACCUGCUACUCAAGUCCUCAGGGAUUGUGGGCAUCCGUGCCUAUGAGCAGCUGGGCUACCGUGCCUUUGGGACCCCAGGAAAGCUGGCGGCAGCCCUGGCCAUCAUGCUGCAGAACAUUGGAGCCAUGUCCAGCUACCUGUACAUCAUCAAGUCCGAGCUGCCCCUUGUCAUACAGACCUUCCUGAACCUGGAGGAGAAAAGCUCAGACUGGUACAUGAAUGGCAAUUACCUAGUGAUCCUGGUCUCUGUCAUCAUCAUUCUGCCCCUGGCACUGAUGCGGCAGCUUGGCUACCUGGGCUACUCCAGUGGCUUCUCUCUCAGCUGUAUGGUGUUCUUCCUAAUUGCAGUCAUCUACAAAAAGUUUCAUGUGCCCUGCCCGCUGCCCCCCAACCUCGCCAAUAUCACAGCCAACUCCAGCCACGUGGAGGUCUUUGAGGAGAAGGUGCAGCUGCAGGUGGAGACUGACACUGCAGCCUUCUGCACCCCGAGCUACUUCGUACUCAACUCACAGACAGCAUACACCAUCCCCAUCAUGGCCUUCGCCUUUGUCUGCCACCCCGAGGUGCUGCCCAUCUAUACGGAGCUCAAGGACCCCUCCAAGAGGAAGAUGCAGCACAUUGCCAACCUGUCCAUCACCGUCAUGUACAUCAUGUACUUCCUGGCUGCCCUCUUCGGCUACCUCACCUUCUAUGACGGGGUGGAGUCGGAGCUGCUGCACACCUACAACAAGGUGGAUGCAUUUGAUGUGCUGAUCCUGUGUGUGCGUGUGGCCGUGCUGACAGCGGUCACACUCACAGUGCCAAUCGUUCUGUUCCCGGUGCGCCGUGCCAUCCAGCAGAUGUUGUUUCAAAACCAGGAGUUCAGCUGGCUGCGGCACAUCAUCAUUGCCAUUUGCCUGCUCGCUUGUAUCAACCUGCUGGUCAUCUUCGCCCCCAACAUCCUGGGCAUCUUCGGGGUCAUUGGUGCCACAUCUGCCCCAUGCCUCAUCUUCAUAUUCCCUGCCAUCUUCUACUUCCGAAUCGUGCCCACUGAGAAGGAACCUGUGAGAUCCACCCCCAAAAUCCUGGCCCUUUGUUUUGCUGUGCUUGGCCUCUUGCUGAUGACCAUGAGCUUGAGCUUCAUCAUCAUUGACUGGGUCUCAGGGACCGGCCAGCAUGGAGGAAACCACUAGGGGACCCAUCCUGUUCUGUCUACCUGGACUAGCACCCCUGCCCAGACUCUCCGGACUCCACCCCCAGUGGCCAGUGGGGGUAGGAGAAAGAUGCGAUUAACACUAUGGCAUUUGGCCCCAUGUCCCCUCUGCAGAAGGUUUUUGUUAAAAAGCCAGGACCAAGGCCCUUGGGCUACCAUCCUGCUGGGCUCCAGAGCCACAGGGGCUUUCUGAAAUGGGAGUAGGAUGGGGCUGUCAUCUCAGAUCCCACCUAAGCCCCUCCACCCACCCUUGCACAGAUGUACACUCUGAGGCCCAGCAGCUGCCUCCUGAGGUCACAUAACCUGUAGGGGCACAUAGAGCUGGGACCCAAGCCUGCAGCCGUUCUCCCACCCUGCCGCUAGGCCACGGUCUGCACCCUGGGGCCUCAUCUGCCCCAGGCCACUGGCUUUUCCUCCUUCUACCCCUAGGCCCCUUUCAGACACCUGGGCUUGUGCCCUCAGAUACUCUUCUCCUACCCUCUCCACAGGAGGAGACUCACCCUACCCCACAGCUGGGCUGGAGCCAGCAGGUUCUGCUGAGGGUGGGGCUGGUGUGUGUACCCCCAAGGGACCCCUGCACUAUCUCUUCACCGGUCCUGGGGAGGCUGGGACUCCCCUGCCCCAAGCCGGGGCCAUAGCUCACAUUCCACUGCCGGGAGAAGAGAGAGGCUGGGCCCAGGAUGUCCUGCCCCUGGGAGCCAAAGACCCCUGGGGCCAGACUGGGGCAGGGUGGGGAGGUUGGCAGGCCCCUUUUAUAAAUAUUAUACUUAAGACCAGCUGUGUUUUAUAUUCUUGGUCUCCGUGGACCCUAGGUUCCUGGAAAGUGGAGGGGGGGCCAGGAUGUGGAUGGUGAUGGAGGCCCCCGUCUUCUUGUUUGGGAUGAAGGUGGGAACAAGGCAAGUCCCCCACCCACCCCACCCCCUGCCUCCCAAACCAAGCAGUGGCACACUCAGACCCGCCUCUGGGCCUGGGCCAGGCUCAACACAGACCUGCUUUCUCACGGGGUGAGGUGGGGAGGAAUUAAUGAGGCCCCAGGAAGUGGGACAGAGAGUGGCCUCCGGAAGGAGGCAACGUGAGGUGCAUCCCCAGCAGCUUCAGGGAGGGUCUGAGCUGGGGGCAGCUGAGCCCUGCGGGAGCCCCAGGAAAGGCCCCCUGCCCUCCCCUGGCUCCCAGGCUGCCAUGUCAACUCUGUUAAUGCCUUGAGUCUAGGAACAAAAGUCCAGGGAUCCUGUGCCCUGUUGGGCUGAAAUUUCAUUAAUAGUAAACUCUAC